AUGUUCCGCUCUGCCGUUAUCCGAUCGCUGAGGACGUCCGUUCCUCGCGUUGCCCGAGUUGCCUCGCCCGUCUCUCGCCAGGCCCCAGCUGCCGUCAGCAUCGCCAGACAAGCUCAAUUUGCUCCUAGAUUCUCCUACCAGGCCAUAAGACAGUACUCUGCUCCAGCCGGUCUCAGUGAGCAGGAAGUUAAGGGUAGAAUAAUCGACCUGUUGAAGAACUUUGACAAUGUUUCUGAUGCCUCUAAGAUCACUGCCGAAUCGCACUUCCAAAAUGACCUUGGAUUGGACAGCUUGGACGCCGUCGAGGUUGUGAUGGCAAUUGAAGAGGAAUUCAGCAUUGAGAUCCCAGAUCUGGAAGCUGAGAAGAUCCACAGCGUCCGUAACGCCGUUGACUAUAUCCUCGCUGCACCUGACGGUAUGUAG